CGACUUGUUUUUGAGUGGAUUUCCGACUCUUGGCACCAAAACGAUCUAAAAAUACCCAAAACGGAAAAAUCGUUUGAUCAAUUGUUAAUUCUGGGGGAAUUUCGCUCCACACAUGCGUGUGUCCUGAGUUAUCCUGCGCAGGCUUUUAUUCGAACCCGCUUUUCGCGAUUUUUUCAACGAAAAAGCCCCGUUUUCGCCCAAAUAUCCACUCGAGAUCGCUUCGAGGCCGAGAAAUGUCGUUUAUUUUUAAGUGGUAAAGAAUAGAGUCGGUGGAAAAGUCGCAACAAAGCUGGGGAGUUAAAGAGAGACAGAGGUGAAACAGAUCAAUAUAAUAAGAGGAGAAAUGGACUCGAAUCAAAAUAACCGAGUUUGCAAAAUUCGAAUACGAUAGUGAUGAAAGUGAGGUGUUUUUAGAACAGUUAAUUGGCGAAAAUGUCUUUCGGGAGGAUUAAAUUUGAUCACGUCUUGCCAUUUAUAGUUUGUUUAGUUAAUUUUGGAAGUUGCCAGUGGAGUUGUGCUCCGCGCCAGAUCUACUGUUACGAAUGCGACAGUUGGUCGGAUAUGCGUUGCAAAGACCCUUUUAACUACACUGCCCUGCCAAGGGACCAGCCGCCCCUCAUGACCUGCAACGGGUGCUGCGUCAAAAUGGUCCGAAACGCCAAAUCUCCUUACGAGGUGGUGCGUCGCACGUGUACUUCCCAGCUGCAGAUCAACUUGUUCAUGGUGGACCACGUGUGCAUGAUGGAAAGUAGCGGAACUGGCCACAUGUGCUUCUGUGAGGAGGACAUGUGUAACGGCGUGGCCCCCUCCACGGGCCCCCUUUUAACACUCGUAGUAGCUUAUCUGCUCCUGUGCAUGUAUAGGUAGACAGUGCAUUAACAAAAAUAACCACAACACCCGCUUCAAGAGUGGUGGUGGUGGGCAACUGUAGUUGUGUAGAGUACAGAUUUGUCAACAAGAAAUUACCACCUAGGAUUUGAACUUUUAGGAAAAUUACGUUUUUCAUGUUGUUUAUAACUAGAAUUUUGGUUACCAUUUGUAGUUGACGGUUGACGUUUUCUGUCAACCAGCUGUCAACUAUCAAUCGAAUUAUCCAUACAAGCUGACACGAGACUUAACCUAAAUUUUGACAACCAACCUAAUCAAAUUUAUGGCAACCUAUUCACGAAUAUCCCUAAAUCCUAGGGAGUAAUUUCUUAUUGAUACGAUAAUAGUCAACAACACGACUCUUCCAUCCAGAGAAUCGAUUUUAUUUUUUUAUGGUUGACAAUAAGAUGGCGACUAACUGCAUGUGUUUUAGUUUUGCGUUUGGCUUCUGACACACACUACAGGUGGCGCGGGGAUUGGUACAACUGCAUGCGUUUUAAGGGACUUCACCCACUUUUUACUAGGAUUAAGAAAAUUAGUGCAAAUUUUUACGAUGCAAUAUUAUGCUAGGCUAUAAUAACAGUAUUAUCGAGGUACGUAUUUAACAAGCCAUCACUCAAAUUAACAUUUUUAUUACGCUCAUUGGUCAAUUAUUAACAUCCAAAAUCGGGGAUUUACCCAUUUUAUCUGUGUAGAAUUUUAACAAAAGCCGUGCUAAUGUGUUUUUUAAUAAAUCUAGAGGCAUAUCACGUAUUGUGCGAAGUCAACAAAACAAUAAUUCUCUUCAUAUCGUAUUGUAAGGCGUUUCGUUUGGGCGGGAUGAAAAGGAAGGGUUUCGAAUGCAGGUUGGCAACACUAACCGCAUACUAGUUACGUUUUUCCUUUCAUGUUGGUACUAUAGUGCUAUGACACCUAGCAACAUGCAUUUACAAAACCACAAAGAAAAUAAGCUUUAAAACGUAGAAAAUUUGUGAUGAAAGUUUUGAAAUUAAGGUGGCAACAUUGAAUGAUGCAAGGCCCAAGAUAUAGAAUGUAAAUGACUGAUUUUUAUUCUCAAGUUGGCAACAAAUGCAAAAUCUUAGUUGGCGACCUUGACUCUCAAAUUCAAACGUCAAACUUUUAUAGGAAACUGUCAUUUCCUUGCUGUCAAAAUAAGUUUUGCGCUUUUGACAGCUGUGUUUUAGGUUUUUAAAAUUCAAUAUUUUAAAAUUUUAAAUUUUGAAGAUUCUUCCGUGUCAAACUUUAAAAACAAAAUAAAAACUAAAAUUUUUCGUUUCCAAGUUUUAUGUUGGUAACAAUAAAUAUUGUUGAAUAUUGACAUGUCUCAUACACGUUUAGUAAAUUUCUGAUUAAACUGGUCUGUGAUUUUGAUAUCAAAUUGGCAACACUGAAAAACACGUUCUAUCUUCUGUUUCUUUUUUUUAUUCCAGUUUGAUGUCCACCUGUCUCUACGCCAUUCAAUGUUGCCAACUUCAUUUCAACAUUACAGGCCACCUUAUCAGAAAUAAAAAGUAAAUUAUAUUGGCAACACUGAAUUGUUGGCCUUCCUUAUUCCAAUUAGUUUUACGUGACUAUUUCAAAUGGCAUAAUUGGUUAUAAGAUUGUGACGUUUGAAUUUACUGACCAAGAUUGCCAAUUUAAAAACUGAAAUGUAUUGCCAACCUGACGACAAAAAUCACAAUUAUAAAAACUCAAUUCCGCAUCUUAAAAUUUUGAGUUUAAGAUUCUCUGUGAUAAACUUAAAAAAAAAGUUCUCUCUAAAACGUAGAAAAUUUGUGAUGAAAGUUUUGAAAUUAAGGUGGCAACAUUGAAUGAUGCAAGGCCCAAGAUAUGGAAUGUAAAUGAUUGAUUUUUAUUCUCAAGUUGGCAACAAAUUCAAAAUCUUAGUUGGCGACCUUGACUCUCAAAUUCAAACGUCAAACUUUUAUAGGCAAUUGUCAUUUCCUUGCGACGGGCAACCACUGGCUUAGCCGUCACCUGACAAUUCUGAUAUAACAAAUUAGUUUUUAUGUAUACUGGACGUCUGUCUUUUUAGGAAAUUAGAUAAUUUCCAUUGGCAACAUUGCGCGACGAGGCGAAUCCGAGUCUUUCUCUUGCAUGCGAAACCGCGUUCCUUUUUUCAUCCCCGUCAACUUUCUCACCUGUAUUAAUAAUAACGGAGGCUCAAUAGUUCUAAGUUGUUACGUUAUGUUACGUUAAGUAUCCACUGCAUCUCCUAAUUUAGUGAGUUAACAUUAGAAGAUAGAGCAUGAUUGCACGAUUUGCACAAAUUUUGAGAAUUUAGAAAAGCAAAUUGUGGCAUGAGACAGGCUUUUGGUUGUUUGUUGUGGAUGCGGCGGCGUUUUUCUUUCACAACAAACCAAAAAAAAAACUAACGGCAUGAUUAGAGUGAGGAAAGCUUUUCUUUAAAAAAUAACACUCCACCUCACAGAAGAUAGGCCAUUUUACGAUAUUUACGUCAUGUACGCGGGCGAAAAUUUUGCGAAAGGGGGCACAGUGGUCGGUUUAGAAUCGCGCAAUGUGCCCCCAUCGCGAAAUUUCCGCCCUUUCAUCCCGAUGUUUUGAAUGUAAAUAAAUAUAUCAUUGUUGAUGUAGUUUUAUCAUAUCAUUACGAAAAUAAAAUAAAUA